CGCCAAGACCGUGACACCGCCCCGGCCCCGCGCCGCCGCGCCCGCCCGGCAUGGAGGAGGAGUGCCGGGUGCUCUCCAUCCAGAGCCACGUCGUCCGCGGCUACGUGGGCAACCGGGCGGCCACGUUCCCGCUGCAGGUGUUGGGAUUUGAGAUCGACGCGGUGAACUCUGUCCAGUUUUCAAAUCACACAGGCUACGCCCACUGGAAGGGUCAGGUGCUGAAUGCCCAUGAGCUGCAGGAGCUGUAUGAAGGCCUGAAGCUGAACAGCGUGAACAAGUACGACUAUGUGCUCACGGGUUACACCCGGGACAAGUCCUUCCUGGCCAUGGUGGUGGACAUCGUGCGGGAGCUGAAGCAGCAGAACUCCAGGCUCGUGUACGUGUGCGAUCCCGUGAUGGGCGACAAGUGGAACGGCGAAGGCUCCAUGUACGUUCCCGAGGACCUCCUCCCGGUGUACAGAGAGAAGGUGGUGCCCGUGGCGGACAUCAUAACCCCCAACCAGUUUGAGGCCGAGUUGCUGAGCGGCAGGAAGAUCCACAGCCAGGAAGAAGCGCUAGCGGUGAUGGACGUGCUGCAUGCCAUGGGCCCUGACACAGUGGUCAUUACCAGCUCCGACCUGCCUUCCUCGCGGGGCAGUGACUACCUGAUCGCACUGGGCAGCCAGAGGAUGAAGAGGCCUGAUGGCACCACAGUGACCGAGCGCAUCCGGAUGGAGAUGCGCAGGGUGGAUGCUGUCUUCGUGGGCACCGGGGACCUCUUUGCUGCCAUGCUCCUGGCGUGGACACACAAGCACCCUGACAACCUCAAGGUGGCUUGCGAGAAGACCGUGUCGGCCAUGCACCACGUUCUGCAGAGGACCAUCCAGUGCGCAAGAGCCCAGGCUGGGGAGGGACGGAAGCCCAGCUCAGCACAGCUGGAGUUGAGGAUGGUGCAGAGCAAGAAGGACAUCGAGGACCCAGAGAUCGUCGUCCAGGCCACGGUGCUCUGAGGUCACCCACUCGCCCCAGCGCACAGCAUGUCCCUGUUUUCAUCCUUGUGACAGUGUGACGUCUGCCUUAGUGCCAUGACUGACUUGCCUUCCAUCUGUGAGUGUCGGGCAUCGUGGGUCCCGAUGGUGAAACCUGCCAGUGUGCUUUUCAAAAGUAACAAGCCAUCACGGGAAUUUGUGAUCUGGAAACCCGGCCCCCUCCCCCAAGGCUUCGGGACUCCUGACUGCCCUCGGUGGGCCGCUGGCUGCCACUGCCCCACGGAACCCCUGUCCCGCGUGGGCUGGGCCCAUGAAGGCCUCUGUCCGCGUCUUGGAUUGCGUCGGGUCUCAACCGUGAGCAUCUGGAAGAAUCACGCCAAGUUCCUGUGUUGUCCUUCUGGUUGUCCCCUCUCGGUUCCUGCGCUGGAACUGUCCUAGUCUGCUGCGUGCUGGGUCCCUGGGGUCUGGCCUCACGCAGCUGUACAGCUGCUCACGUCUGCACGCUCAGACACACUGGCGUGUGGUCACCGCACAGGGACCUCUCCAGGGCCCAGCGGAUUCCAGUCAGUCUGCCGUCCUCACGGUAUCAGUGGGACUCCUGUGACUCGGGAACAACUUCUGGGGAUCUGCCAAGUGUUAGGAGGGACGUGCUGGUGCAGCAGGGCCGCCCCUGGCCAAGGCAGCUGGUGGGGUUGGAGAAAGGUGCCCUGUGGGUUCCUUGGGAGCAUCCUCCAUCUGUCGUGUGCCACUAGGCCGUGGGUCUGCUGCCCGCCGUCGUGACACUGCAUGGGGCCACGUGUGUGGGGUGCAGGACGAGGCAGUGUCCGCUGUCCCCUCUUGCCAUUUCAUCCCCUCCUUCCUUGUCUGUGCCGGCUGCUUGCUGGAGACAGGCGCUGGAGCACGACACGGGUGGUCGGCUCGGACCCCGUGGGCUGCAGUGGUGGAGGCCAGCGGCCCAGCACCAGUCCAGCUGUCUGCUGCUCAAGAUGACCUCUCUGGUUCCACCUUGUCCAGAAUUUGGGGCCACUCCGGCGAGGCAAGUGGGGCUGCGUGUCUGUGGCCCCUUUGUCCUCCCACCCUUCCUUCCUGCACCCCAGUUCUUGGGGGUGCCAAGGUCUGCCUCUCCUAGCACUUGCACCCUGGGGAGUGGGGUAGCUCCUCCAGGGCACCCCGGCUCCAUGCCCAUGGUGGCCCCUUUCCCAGAGCCCACCCCCACUCAGUGCGGUCCAGUGUCUUCCGGGAAGACCCUCCUCCAGGUCUGCAUUCUUCACCUUGUUGGAAGAUGCCCCAGAACCGAGGGCGCCGGUCCCCUUGGGACCUCAGCACCCUCACACCUCUCUGACCCCAUGCAGCUCCCAUUCUGAGGUCAGCACUCCCUGGCCACGGUUGACUGGCUCUCUGCCAGGCCACCAAGCCGGAUGUGUUUGCUGCCAUGAUUCCUGGUCCCAACGGCAGACUUCUCCCAGCACAAGACCACUGGACCCACAGGAGAAGGGAGGCUGUGGCCAGAGCCAGGCAGGGAAGACCAGCCAAAUCGACCAGGGGCCUUUGCAUGGCCUCUCAGGAAAGCUGUCACUGCCAGGUGGAGCCAGGGACCCAGUGCCAGCAAUGAGGACAGCUGAUUAGUGUCCCUUUCUUUCUCCUGUCCCCCAUCUUUUUUUUUUUUUUUCCUUUAUUUCCUUUCUUAACACGAGAGCAAGUGUCCGGCUGGAGGAGGGACCUACGUGUGUGUCCUUUCCACACCGUGGGGAGACUCAGGCUGCUGGGAGCUGGGCCAUAGACCCAGCUGUGUGUGCAGAGGACCUGAGGGGCCGCACUCUGCAGGCACGUGGACCCUCUGCUCCUGAGUGACACCUCGGGGCUUAGUCCAGGUGAGGGUGAGCCCCUCUCCUUCCCCCAGUGCCCUGUGGAGCUGCCUGUAGCUUCAUGAACCUGGCCCUGGGGACAGGAGGGGCCCUAGCUGGAGCCAUGUUCCAAGUGGGGCUCUAGGUGUGGGACCCAUGCUGAAACAACGUUAAGAGGGCCGGGUGUGGCUCCGUGGCAGACCUGGCCUAGCCUGUGCGAGGCCCUGGGUGGGAUCCCCAGCCAUGCACCACCCCCAGUAAAAGAAGAGAAAACGUUAGCUUCCUCGCAAGGAAGGGUCUGGCCAGCCCACCUGUGAGCGCAGGUCUUCAAAGUGGCGCUGCCACGUUCCCGGUGCUCCCGGCCUUGUUUCCACACCACAGGUGCCGCCUCGGGGUCCAGAUCCACAGCCUGCUGUCCAAAGUGACCGUGGGCUUUGGUAGUGAUUGUUGAUACAGCUCGGGUCCAAGUUAGAAUCCAGGCUUGUUUUUACUUUCCAUAGUUUUAAUGACAUCAGAAUCAUGAUCGUAACAAUCCGAGGUGAACGCUGUGUUAGCCCAGUGUUGCUCGCUCGAUCCUAGGGGGUAGGGUUUUAAUACUUUCUUAAUCCAGCUUCUCAAGCCUUCUGAAGACUGCAAGAAGGAAUUACAAAAUGUGAUCCUUUUUUAAUCGAUUUUCAAUCAUCGCCUAGUCCUGCCAAGGUAAUCGUGUGCCUCUGUGUUGAUUUCGCAAUAUAUACCAAUAAUUGUAAAAACGAUGCUUUGUUUCACGUCCUGUUCUUAAACUUGUCAGAGACUAUUUUGUAACGUUUACUUUUACGUCGGGCUGAGCCGGGCUUGGCUGAGCUGUACCCGGGGUUACCUCAAAGCAGGAGCACUGCCUGCCAGGGAGGGGCUGCCCUCACCCCCAGGGGUGGGUCACCUCCACCAUCACCCACAGUAAGGAGACAGGCACCCUGAGUGGGCCUCGGGCCAUCAGGCCCUGGGAGAAGGCAGGUCACUCAGGGCCAGCAGGCGGUGUCCUUGGUCGCUGGCUUCCAGAAAACUCCUGACCACAGUGUCCAUGUCCUGUUGCCUCAAGCCUCAUAUUCUCUCUUAAGUUGAAAACUACAGAAAAAAGCAGGUGAGAGUGUUCUGGGCUCUGGACUCUUUGUCCUUGCAGCCUUAGGGGCCCACUUCUUGGAGGCCCUGGGUCCAUGUUCAUGCUGCCCAGAGAGCCCCUCGUCUCUCCUGCUUCCCAGCAGCUCCCAAGCACCUCCUUCACACACCUCCUCCUUAUGGGGCAGGGUCCCUCAGGAUCCUUCCCAAGCUCCUGACUUUGCCCAGGGAGAGGGCACUGGGGUUUGCAUGGGCAGAGGGGGACAACUCUGGUGGUGGCCCUCAUGUGGCCCAGACCACUCUGCCCUCAAGGUGUGGCUCCUGGGUGUUUCCACCCCUCGCCCCUCCCUGCGGGCCCAAGGGGGCUUCCCACGUGGCCUCUUGCACCGGGUCUCCAGGAAGCUAGGUCCUUCAGAGGAGCAUGCCACACAGAAAGUGACCCCAGAGCCGACUAAGUGGGCACUCAGAAGGACCCCUGUCCUGGAGAGCAUGGUUCUGGGGGGCCAGAUUCACUGCCCAAAGGUCCUUCAUGAGUCCUGAGCCAGGGCAGCCUUGAGCUGGGUCCUGGGGUCUGGGUGAAUGCUACUCACAGGGCCCCAGCACAGUGGAGGGCCUGGGUUUCAGCAGAGCUGGGCCAGGUGCUCAUAUGUCACAGGCAGGCAGGCGCCUUCGCUGCAGCUGCAGCAGUAGAGGAACAGCUGGCCACCUGCAGGUGGGAGUGGGUGGGCUCCUGCCUGCCCGCCAUGCACUUCCAGCCUCAGCCAGCAGGGGGCACAGCAGGGCUGGGUGGGCAGAGGCAGAGGUGGAGGUGGGUACCUGGCCCAGCCCCUGGUAGAUCAGACAUCAGCCGCUUUUCUGGGGAAUUUGUCUGUUUCCUUCCCAUGUGAGUCCUCCUUGUUGGAGAUGGGAGCCAGGCUGCAGCCCUGCCGCACAGCAGGAGGGCUGGGUGUGCAUCCCCACCCUCCUCAGCAUCACAGCCUCGGGGUUAGUGCUGGGCUGCCUUCAUGGUGUGUGUGUCUCCUGUUCUGCAGUGUGUUCUGGGUGCAGACUGAUUAAAAACAUUCCGCCUGGCAUCUCAA